AUGAGGCAAGAUAUGGCUAGUUUUAUAAAAGAAUCGUUUACACCAAACAGCAAAUUAACUGUUCACUGGGAUGGAAAAAUGAUGUCUGAUCUCACAUCCAGAGAGCAUGUAGACUGCCUCCCAAUAUUGGUUUCAGGAGGAGAACAAGAAAAAUUAAUAAGUAUAAAAAAAUUAUCAUCGUCGACUGGAGAGGUGAAGGCUAAAGCCGUUUUUGAUUGCUUGAGUGAUCAAGAAUGGAAUUUAAGCCAAAAUAUUGUUGCCAUGUGUUUUGACACGACGUCCUCGAACACCGGGAAAAACAAAGGUUCUUGUGUAAUAUUUGAACGUAAACUUGGAAAAAAUUUAUUUUGGCUAGCAUGUAGACAUCACAUAUUUGAGUUGGUUAUUGGAGCAGCAUUUCAAGCAGUCUUGCCUUCAGCUACAACAGGGCCUGAUAACCGUAUUUUUGUACGUUUUCAGUCUUAUUGGUCAGAAAUUGUUCAGUCAACAUACAUAUAUCACAGCCAACCCAACUAUUAUUCUCAGAAUUACAGAUAA